GGAGGUCAGCUCUCCGGGCCAGCAGCAACUGCGGCUUCUUUUAGGCUUCAGCGCAUGCUCCCAGCCCGGAGCCUGGAGCCGCGCACCCAAGUGCAAAGCCGAACUGGGCGGGGCGAGGGAGAAGCGCGCGCAACAGGAAGUGUCGCAAACACGAGCCGGAAGUGAGGCAUUCUGCUUGUGGCCCGCCUCCGGAAAUCAGAGGUGGCCCUUCGCAGGAGCUGGUGGCUGAACUGAAGCGACGGGCGAGCGGCCUGUCUUAGACGGGCGGCCAGCAUGGCGGCGGACCCACGGGGGACUCUUGAAAAGGUCCUGCAGUAUGAAGCCUUCCUCAGCGACGUCCUGCAGCGAGACCUGAGGCAGGUGCUGGCGCAGCGGGAAGAGGUCUACGGCCAGCUGGCGAAUUAUCUGCAGCUGAAGAACGUCCUGGAGCGGCUCCAGGAAUCGGGGGAUCAGAAGCUGCGCACACAGGUGGAUUUGGGGUGUAACUUCUACGUGAACGCCGAAGUGCCAGACCCUUCCAGGAUCUUCGUGGCACUCGGUUAUGGCUUUUUUCUGGAACUGACAUUGAUGGAGGCCUUGAAGUUCAUCGACCGGAAGAGCCGCCUGCUCACCUCGCUCAGUGACAGCCUCACCCGAGAUUCUGCUCGGAUCAAAGCUCACAUCCGACUGGUGUUAGAGGGCCUUCGCGAGUUGCAGGGGCUACAGGAGCUGCCAGAGGUUCCAAGACAAUGAUUAGGAUGCCGAGAAUUUCCUCUCCAUGAUAACACUACUCUGGAGACUCUAACACUUGUUACUUGAAAUCAGAAAUCCCUUUAAUAAAAGCUGGGAAUGAG